CCGGCCCCCGCGCGGCCCGUGACCGGCCCCCGCGCGGCGGCCCGUGACCACCUCGCUUUCUUCACAGGGAGCCGCCUCCUGAAAGGCUACCGCGGCGGACACGUCGUGAUCCGUUUCGCCCUCGGAGGCUGCGCCAACCGGCCUUUUUUCCGCAUCGUGGCAGCGCACAGCAAGCGCGCCCGCGACGGGAAGUACCUGGAGCAGCUCGGCUGCCUCGACCCACUGCCCAACGUCCACGGCGAGAGGGUGGCGGGGCUCAACCUGGAGCGGCUGCGCUACUGGCUGGGCUGCGGCGCGCAGCUUUCCCGGCCCGCCGAGAAGCUCCUGGGUCUGGCGGGGUUCCUGCCGCUCCAUCCUAUGACAGUGACCGGCGCCGAGAGGCUGCGCCAGAGACGACAGCGAGCACAGCAGGUGGGCACUGCCCCUGCGGACGGGCCCUGAGAGACGCCCCGGCCGAGAGGCCCGCCCUGGCCUGAGGAAGCAUCCUGCCCUGUCAGUGCAUCUGACCACAUUAAAGUGUCAUUUGCCCACUCUACACUGUGCAUCUGCUGCUUUCUUCAGACUCCGCUCUGAAUCAAAGUUUAUUGUUGCCAAAUUAGGUGCACAGAGAUAAAAGGGGGUUCACUACUCUAAUACACACAGAGAACCAUUCAGCUUUUUCUAAAGGCAUGCCAUUUGCUCUAGCAUCUCUCACUCUCCAGCAAUAGCAUGGCUACUGCCAGUUUCCAUUUGCCUGCUCCACUUGUCAGGUGUUUUGACUCCUGGCUCUGAUUUACUGUAACAGGACAAUCCAGUGGUUCAGGAGAGGCCUGGCACACAUAAAUGCAAAUGGAAGUGCAGCUGUAUUUCUGUUUAAUUUCUCCAGAGAGGUUCUGUACCUGUUUACAAGCAAAAGGGAAAGAUUUCAGUCUCAUUUAAAGAGAUGGGGCAUGCCUGAAGUUGAGCUAUGAGUCUUACUCCUUCAUCACAUAUUUGACCCUCUUCCAAGAGGCAAAACCCCUGCCAAAGUCUCUCUCCUACCUUAGAUGCACCUUUUGCUUCUUUAGGGUUUCUUUUAGCACAACUCUUAGGUGAUUCUACAAAUGUCAGGCAAAGACAAGUUUCCAGUAUUGCAUUUCAAUAAGCUUGUAGUGUAACCAGCCCAACAGAGGAUGAAUAGACAAAACACUAAGAAAGGGGCUGGCUUGCUUUUAACAAAAUCACAAUACUGAGAGAAGGUGUUUUUAUUUUUGCUCAUGGAUUAGAUGAUUAAAAACCUAUUCUUGGAAGUGACGGAAGCUAUGAAAAAGUGGUAUUGCUUUUCUGAUACCUUCCUCUUCUAUAUAUUUGGUAUGUUCAGCAUCACAUUUUUUAUAAAAUGGUGACUGCACUCUGGUACAGGGUUUCUGGGAAGUUCCUCUCUAGCUUACUCUAGAUUUCCUUUCUUUGCUGCAAAGGUGAAGUUUUGCAUCUGCAGUGUUUUUACUAUUGUAAUCUAAAGGUACCACACAGCUUUUCCUUUCUGGAGCUUGCUGCUUUGAACACAAAGUAUAUCUGUAAUGUUUCUCUUCAGAUAGUUUCGUGUUGGCCUGGCUUUUUUCCCUAUUAAAAAUAAUUUUGUUAUUAAAUAAAGCAUCUCACUGCAUACACAA